AUACUUUCAUAAAUAUAUAGAUUCAUAGAUAGAUAGAUAUAUAUAGACAUUAAUAGAAUAGAUAGAAAUGGAGGCUCCACAGAAGAGAUGCCGUAAAUCUGUGGUGUGGGAGCAUUUCCAUUUGGAAACCCCAAAUAAAGUGAGAUGUAUGUAUUGUGAUAGGCAGCUAGCCUACUUCAACAAUACAUCAUCCAUGAUGCGCCAUUUGAGGAGCACUCAUCCUGCCAUUUUGCAGUGUGCAGAGGAUGGUAACAUUCCCCCUGUACCUAGGCCUGCUACUGACACUGCUGGGCCAUCUAAACAAGGCAGACAGAGGGAAUUGGAUGAGGCUCUUGUAGACAUGGUGGUAAAGGAUUUGCAGCCCUUCACUAUCGUGGAGGAUGAGGGUUUCAUGGCUUUUGUGAACAAACUUGAUCCAAGCUAUGUCCUCCCAUCCCGUAAGGCACUUAAAACGAUGGUAACCGAAAGGUACAACAUUUCUAAGGAGAAGACAAUGGAGGACCUAAAAAAGGCAGAUUUUGUUAGCCUUACAGCUGACAUGUGGUCCUCCAUUAAUAUGGACGGAUACCUUGGUGUUACUUGCCACUACAUAACACCAGAGGCAAAGCUGGCAACUGUUGUACUGGGUGUAAGGAGGUUUUACCAAACACACACAGCCCAGCAUCUCAUGGAGGCUAAAGCUUUGCUAAUGGCCGAGUGGGGAAUAACCACCAAAGUUCAGUGUAUGGUGACUGAUAAUGCAUCCAACAUGAUCUUAAGUGCCCAGCUACUGAACCUUCGGCAUGUCCCAUGUUUUGCCCACAAUUUAAAUUUAAUUGUAAAAAAGGCCCUAGAUCAAACCCCACUCAUCAAUGAAAUACGACAGAAAGCCAGAAAGAUAGUGGGGUUAUUUAGAUCCAGCUGCAAAGCAAAGGACAAGCUUGUGGAGAUGCAGGGCUUGAUGGGCAGACCAGCUCUGAAACUGAUGCAGGAGGUGGACACAAGAUGGAACAGCACUUACGACAUGUUGCAGCGCUUGUAUGAGCAACGAGAGCCAGUGGGUGCAGCGCUAUCAAAUUUAAACAGUGAUACUGCUCCGCUGACAAGUUUUGAGUAUAACAUUAUACAAGAAUCAUUGUCACUACUGCAGCCUUUCAAACUCGCAACGACAGAGUUGUCAGAGGAACAGAGAGUGUCUGCUUCAAAGCUCAUACCACUUUACAGGAUGUUGCAGCACAAGCUAUCGCAGAAAAAAGGCCAAUCAGCACAGGAAUCAACUGCACAAUUAGGCACACACCUGCAAGAAGGUCUGCACUCAAGAUGUGGUGGGUACGAGUCAUUCAGAGCCUUGGCUCUGGCUACACUGCUGGACCCAAGGUUCAAAAAUGUGGGUUUUGGAAAUCCUGCCAAAGCCCAGGAGGCUGAAAAGCAGAUCACACUGGAGUGUGCUUCGCUGAUGCGUUCAAACACAGCAACUCCUGAGCCACAGUCAACAUCAGGCCCAUCAUCAACAACAACAUCAACAACAGAAACCCAGGACAGUUUUAUGGGAACUUUUUGAUAGUCGUAUCCAUGAAACCCAGGCGAUACACAGUGCCACAGCAGAUGCCACAGUAGAAGUUAAAAAGUACCUAAAAGAUGCAUUUUUGCCAAGAACCCAUGAUCCACUAAGUUACUGGAAAGAGAGAGCUGUGAUUUUUCCUCAUUUGUAUGUCCUUGCUAAAAAAUAUCUAUGCAUGCCAGCAACAAGUGUCC